CUGGUGGAUCACCUUUUCAUCUUGCCUGUUGAGUCAACCAUCCCUCCCUGCUGAAGUUUGGGGUUAGGGUCUCAUUCUAGCCCUUUCCGUUUCUCGCCUGAAUCCUCUGUUCAGUAAUCUCAGGUUGCCAACAUGGGUAAGGAAAAGUCCCAUAUCAACAUUGUCGUCAUCGGCCAUGUCGACUCCGGCAAGUCGACGACGACCGGUCAUCUCAUCUACAAGCUGGGUGGGAUUGACAAGCGUGUGAUCGAGCGUUUCGAGAAGGAGGCUGCUGAGAUGAACAAGAGGUCCUUCAAGUACGCCUGGGUGCUGGACAAGCUCAAGGCCGAGCGCGAGCGUGGUAUCACCAUCGAUAUCGCCCUGUGGAAGUUCGAGACCAACAAGUACUACUGCACGGUCAUCGACGCUCCUGGCCAUCGCGAUUUCAUCAAGAACAUGAUUACGGGUACCUCGCAGGCCGACUGCGCUGUCCUUAUUAUCGACUCCACCACUGGUGGUUUCGAGGCUGGUAUUUCCAAGGACGGUCAGACCCGUGAGCACGCUCUGCUGGCGUUCACCCUUGGUGUGAAGCAGAUGAUCUGCUGCUGCAACAAGAUGGAUGCCACCACCCCCAAGUACUCUAAGGCUCGUUAUGAGGAAAUCGUGAAGGAGGUGUCUUCGUACCUGAAGAAGGUCGGCUACAACCCCGACAAGAUUCCCUUCGUGCCCAUCUCUGGCUUCGAGGGAGACAACAUGAUUGAGCGCUCCACCAACCUGGACUGGUACAAGGGCCCCACCCUGCUGGAGGCUCUGGAUCAGGUGACCGAGCCGAAGAGGCCGUCCGACAAGCCCCUGCGUCUGCCCCUUCAGGACGUGUACAAGAUCGGCGGUAUCGGAACAGUGCCGGUGGGUCGUGUGGAGACUGGUGUGCUGAAGCCCGGUAUGGUUGUGGUGUUCGCUCCCAGCGGGCUGACCACUGAGGUGAAGUCGGUGGAGAUGCACCACGAGUCCCUGCCCGAGGCGGCGCCCGGCGACAACGUGGGCUUCAACGUGAAGAACGUGUCGGUGAAGGAGCUGAAGCGUGGCUUCGUCGCGUCCGACUCCAAGAACGACCCCGCCAGGGAGGCUGCCAACUUCACGUCGCAGGUCAUCAUCAUGAACCACCCCGGGCAGAUUAGCAGCGGCUACGCCCCGGUGCUUGAUUGCCACACGUCCCACAUCGCCGUGAAGUUCGCUGAGAUCAUCACGAAGGUGGACAGGCGUUCCGGCAAGGAGCUGGAGAAGGAGCCCAAGUUUGUGAAGAACGGCGAUGCGUGCUUCGUGAAGAUGAUUCCCACCAAGCCCAUGUGCGUGGAGACCUUCUCUGAGUACCCUCCCCUUGGUCGUUUCGCCGUGCGUGACAUGAGGCAAACCGUGGCUGUGGGUGUCAUCAAGAGCGUUGAGAAGAAGGACCCCUCUGGUGCUAAGGUCACCAAGGCUGCUGCCAAGAAGAAGUGAAUGCUGGAAACCGUGGACAGUGGUGUUGGUGUAUGCUUGUGUCACCGGUACCUCAUGAUUUUGGAGUGGGCCACUUGCGGCAUGGCGCUAUUGCGGAUAUUGCUUUCGAGGAAAUGGCAGACCUGGGUGUUGGACAGGCGGUGGCAGGGCUGUUUGAGCUUGUGAGGAUUUGAACAUUAAUGUGUAUUUCAUGUUGAAUUGUUGAGAGAAGCUUGAAGACGUGAAUUUUGUUGGUAGACCCGGUUGUUUGACAGGCUACUGCAGGGCCGGCUUCCGUGUUUUAUGCUUAUGUUGCAUUUGCCCAAGUGAUGCUUCUGUGUUCGGCUAGAGCGUUCAAUCACGUAUCAUACAUGCUCAUACAGGAAAUAGUUAUGGGUCCACUCAAGCCGUGGUGGAGUCACAACCCCGAAACAGUUCCACCCGACUUUCACGGUCUUUGGCCUUUUAGUUGACCAACGGGAACUGCUUGACUGGGGCGCACCGAGCGAAUUGGGGUUGGUUUUGAAUGAGUGAAAUGGUCGAUGGAUUCUUGGGUCAGUGAAACAGAGUCGUGAAAAGCUCAAAGCCGCUAGCUCAUCCAAGACUUUCGAGGCCAACACCACUUUUCAGCAGCGUUUACGUCUUGUUUUGAACAUAACAGAGUUCACCAAAGCACGACAACGACCAAGCUCGUACCUUAUCGUUCCUGCAAUCGUCACGCCUCGCUUCGCAGAUGAUCGCAGGCUCCUGCAACUGUCUUGGCGACAAGUUUUACUCCGAGUAAAUCUGUCCGCGCAAGUAUUUCACCUCGUCCCUUUGACUCAGCCGUAUCAUUCCUUUGCGGCUUCACGGUCGCGUUCGUCCGUAGUUGAGCUACUAAGCUCGGCACAGCAGUCUAGAAAACCCGUACCUCAUUCGUGGACCGCUUUCCACUAGGAGGAGUGUUUCUUUCAUAUUCAUCACGACCGCUUACCGCUAGGAGGCUGGUGCUAUUCUCGUCGUCCUCACCGCUGCUCCACCGUCCUGCGCCGUUUUGCACGCCUCGUCAGUGCAUCUGGACUCAUCUGACGUCCGUCCCAUCAUCAGCGUGUGCAUCAGCAUCAGCAUCAGCAUCUCAUCUCAUCAUGAUCAUGCAACGGCUGCCAGCCGUGCUGCCUGCAGCGGUCACCAUGGCGGUGAUGCUGCUCGCGACCAUGCUCGCAGCAAGAGUUGACGGGCAGCCGGGUGAGUCGGGCCUUGCUUCUGACGGCUAUGGGUGAGUCGGGCCUUGCUUCUGACGGCUAUGGGUGAGUCGGGCCUUGCUUCUGACGGCUAUGAGUGAGUUGGGCCUUGAAUCUUACGGCUAUGGGUGAGUCGGGCCUUGAAUCUGAAAAGUCGUGCAGUUACUGUUACUGUCAGGGGGGAGUCGUGCAGGCAGGCACUUGAUUGACAACUUGAUUGACACUUGUCUGACACUUGACUGACACUUGAUUGACAUUUGAUUGACACUUGAUUGGCAUGGAGCUGUUGACAUGGAUUUCGUGACAUUUGUCUUUACAACGCUCUGGAACUCGCCAGAGACAGCAGGUCUGCAGCCCGGAGGCUUCCAACCUUUCAUAAUGAUGUCUGGUACCACUCGGCCAUCUACCCACCCUGUCCAUGUGUCUGAUUCCGUUACUCUGUCACCCAUGUGUCUGAUUCCGUUACUCUGUUACUGUUACCCAUGUGUCUGAUUCCGUUACU